UUACUUUACUCUUAUUGUAUGUAGAUCAUGGGAGAGAAGUGGUUGCUGUGUGUGUUGCUCGUCCUUGGAACUGCUGUCAUUCAGGCUCAUGAGGGCCAUGAUGACGACGUGAUUGAUAUUGAGGAUGAUCUGGAUGAUGUCAUUGAAGAGGUAGAAGACUCAAAAUCGAAACCAGAGACCAGCACUCCUCCAUCUCCAAAGGUUACCUACAAAGCUCCAGUUCCAACAGGGGAAGUGUAUUUUGCUGCUUCCUUUUACAGGGUUUGUCUUAAUUACAGGUGGAUUUUAUCCAAAGCCAAGAAAGAUGACACUGAUGAUGAAAUUGCCAAAUAUGAUGGAAAAUGGGAGGUAGAUGAAAUGAAGGAAACAAAACUUCCAGGGGACAAAGGACUUGUAUUGAUGUCUCGGGCCAAGCAUCAUGCUAUCUCUGCUAAACUGAACAAGCCCUUCCUGUUUGAUACCAAGCCUCUCAUUGUUCAGUAUGAGGUUAAUUUCCAAAAUGGAAUAGAAUGUGGUGGUGCCUAUGUGAAGCUGCUUUCCAAAACCCCGGAACUAAACUUGGACCAGUUCCAUGACAAGACUCCUUAUACAAUCAUGUUUGGUCCAGAUAAAUGUGGAGAGGACUAUAAAUUGCACUUCAUCUUCCGCCACAAAAACCCCAAAACGGGCGAAUAUGAAGAAAAGCACGCUAAGAGACCAGAUGCAGAUCUGAAGACCUAUUUUACUGAUAAGAAAACACAUCUUUAUACAUUAAUCUUGAAUCCAGAUAAUAGUUUUGAAAUAUUAGUGGACCAAACUCUUGUCAACAGUGGAAAUCUACUAAAUGACAUGACUCCUCCUGUAAAUCCUUCCCGGGAAAUUGAGGACCCAGAAGACCGGAAACCUGAGGAUUGGGAUGAAAGACCAAAAAUACCAGAUCCUGAUGCUGUCAAACCAGAUGACUGGGAUGAAGAUGCCCCUGCUAAAAUUCCUGAUGAAGAAGCCACAAAGCCUGAUGGCUGGUUAGAUGAUGAGCCUGAAUAUGUAGCUGAUCCAGAUGCAGAAAAGCCAGAGGAUUGGGAUGAAGAUAUGGAUGGAGAAUGGGAAGCUCCUCAGAUUGCCAACCCUAAGUGUGAGUCGGCCCCUGGAUGUGGUGUCUGGCAAAGACCUAUGAUUGAUAACCCUAAUUAUAAGGGCAAAUGGAAGCCCCCCAUGAUUGACAACCCUAAUUACCAGGGAAUCUGGAAACCCCAGAAAAUACCAAAUCCAGAUUUCUUUGAAGAUCUGGAACCUUUUAAAAUGACUCCUUUUAGUGCUAUUGGUUUGGAACUGUGGUCCAUGACCUCGGACAUUUUUUUUGACAACUUUAUCAUUUGUGGCGAUCGAAGAGUAGUUGAUGAUUGGGCCAGUGAUGGAUGGGGUCUGAAGAAAGCUGCCGACGGGGCUGCCGAGCCAGGUGUAGUGGGGCAGAUGCUGGAGGCAGCCGAAGAGCGUCCGUGGCUCUGGGUGGUCUAUGUUUUGACUGUAGCGCUGCCUGUGUUCCUUGUAAUCCUCUUCUGCUGUUCUGGCAAGAAACAGUCCAGUCCUGUGGAGUACAAGAAGACUGAUGCUCCUCAGCCAGAUGUGAAGGAAGAAGAAGAGAAGGAAGAAGAAAGGGACAAGGGAGAUGAGGAGGAAGAAGGUGAAGAGAAACUUGAAGAGAAGCAAAAAAGUGAUGCUGAAGAAGAUGGCGACACUGUCAGUCAAGAGGGCGAAGAUAGGAAAUCUAAAGCAGAGGAGGAUGACAUUUUGAACAAAUCACCAAGAAACAGAAAGCUAAGAAGAGAGUAAAAUUAUCUUAAGAACUUGAUAUGUGAUUUCCUCUCCCUCCCCUUCCUCUGCAAGUGUGGUCCUAGGAGAGAACCUGGCACAUCUUAGGUUGAGACUCAGAAAACCUCCAGCUGUCACCUUCAACAAGUUUCAGUCAAACACUAGCCCGUGUAAUUUAAACAUCUAGCAGUAAAUGCAGUUGUGACAAAAAGGACCCUGUUUCUGUAGAAAGAAAGCAUUUAACAAUGGUUGUGAAUUGUAACAUGAAGCAACUAAUUUGUAUUUUUUUUGUUUUGUUUUUAAACAUCUUUGUUUUUUUUAAUAGAGUAAUAGAAUUUUGCCAGUCUUUAAAAUCUUGGCUUAAUUUAAUAUAUUGAUGUGUCCAUGCAGAAAUAACACCAACUUUUAGAAAUUCUAGGGGGAUGAACUGCAGUUUUUAGAACCAAUUUUGUUUGAGUUUGGUAUUACAAAGCAUUCAAGUGUCUCUGUCCCUUAAAAUUGAUAAUCAUGUUUAAAGUGCAGUUAUUUGUCAUUAUAAUCUUGUAUUGCUUACUUCCAUUCCUCCUAAGGAAAUUGAGGAGAGGGAUUGAAUGGAAGCCCAAAUUUAUACAAAGGUUCUGUUUAAAUUGUAUUAAAAAUGGACAUAAAAAAAGAAAAAA